UUUUUAAAUUCCUUAUUUUAAAGUUACUUAUGAACUAGGACAUCCAGUACAUGCUCCCAUCAUAGUUAAAGUAACAAGUCCUGUUUUUUCAUCGAAAUUUCUAUAAACAACAUCACCUCCGUCAUCUUACACAAGAGGUCUUAUUCUUGUAUCAAUUAUUUCUUUUAUUAAUAUAACUUACUCGCUGUCAUUUUCAUUUAUUUUUGUAUCUUCAGGCUCUGGUUUAUCUGUAAUUAAAGGUUCUUUACUUGAAAAUUAUUCAUUUAUUAGAGAAAAAAUUAAAGGCUUUAAUUCACUCCAUUCAUAUUCUUCUUCUUUUGAUACUGAAAUAUAAUCUUUACCAUAAAAUACACGGUUUAUUCCAUCUACAGAGAACAAUUUUUUUGCUAAAGGCGAUUUAUGUGUAUAUCGCGCUGCUGUAAAUUCUAUUGCUGGAUUAUCGUCCAUAACUUGAUUUCCAGUCGGAAUAAAUUUAAGGAAAUUAGGGUUUGGUGUUUGCUUUACUUAAAUAAAUAAAGUUUACAAAAAACAUUAACAAUAAAAAAUUAAAAAAGCUAAAUAGCUUAAAAAAAAAAAUCAAAAUCAACAGAAUAGAAAAUAAGAUAAAACUCAGCAUAUAUUCCAAAAUAAAAAAAUAAAAUUCUAAUUAUACUAAUAAUAAUAAAAAUAAUAAUAAUAAUAAUAAUAAUAAUAAUAAUAAUAAUAUUAAUAAUAUCUUAAACAAUUUUUUUCAUUUAAAAUCUUAUAGUUCGUUUUUUCUCGACUUCUGAGGAUAAAAAUAUCUAAUGGUUAAUAAAUUAUUUGAUUAGAAAAAUCUAUAUUUACGAAAAAAAUAUUCUAAAAAAUUAAGAUGAAAAUUAUUUAUUAAAAUAAUUAAAUUAAAUUUCUACUUUUGUUUCUUCUUAAAAUAAUAUACCUAUUUCUUUUUAUUUUACUUAAAAGUAAAGAAGUGUUAUUGCAUUUGUCAAAAAAUGCAUUAAUAUAAAACCUUUUUAUGCUCAGAAAAUAAAUAAGAAUAUUUUUUGCUAAUAACGGAUAGGUAUUAAGCAUUUUAAUUUGAUAAAAUGUAUUGGCCUAGGUGGAUUUUCGAGAGUAUAUUUAGUAUAAAAAAUAGAUACAGGAGAAAUGUUUGCUUUAAAAUUAAUAGAGAAGGAAUUUAUUAUAAAAAAUUAAAAAUAAAUAAUUAUAUAAAAUGAAAGGAAUGUAAUGAUUUAAUUAUCAAAAUGUCCUUUUUUAUUACAAUUAAGGUACUGUUUUGAAAGUAUUAAUUAUAUUGGAUUUUUAAUGGAGUUUUGUGCAGGAGGGGAAUUAUUUUUUCAUUUAAAAAUGAUGAAAAAAAUGCCUGAAGAUAUAGCUAAAUUUUAUUUUAUUUAAAUUUGCUUAGGAAUAGAUUUUUUACAUUAAAAUAAUAUCAUCUAUAGAGAUAUUAAACCUGAGAAUAUAUUACUUGAUCUUGAUGGAAAUAUACAUAUUGGAGAUUUCGGAUUAGCAAAACCUCUUUAAGAUAAAAAGUAAUUAACUUAUAGUUUCUGUGGAUCUCCAGAAUAUAUGGCUCCUGAAAUGUUACUUAAAGUCGGACAUAAUUAUUCUAUUGAUUUUUAUUGUUUAGGCGCUUUACUUUUUGAAUUAGUUACUGGUUUACCACCCUUCUAUAGCCUAGAUAGUGAAGAAAUUUAUGAAAAUAUUCUUAAUCAAGAAAUUUGCUUUUAAAGAAAUUGCUAGGUAUCUUUUGAUUUGUAAGAUAUGUUAAAAAUAUUAUUAUCUAAAAAACCUGAGAAUAGAAUUUCGAAUAUAAAAGAGAUUUUUUAACAUAAAUGGUUUAAGGAUAUAGAUAUUUAAGGUAUUUAAAAUAGAAGUGUUUAAGCUCCAAUUAAACCUAAUCCUUUAAAGUUUAAUUUCGAUGAGGAAGAUUUUUUGGAAGGAGAAGCGGAUUUUAGGAAUAAAUUAAGUAAAGAAGAUGAAAAUUUAGAAUUUUAAUAAAAAAAAUAUAUUUUUAAAGACUUCUAUUAUGAUUAUAAUUUUGCAAUUGCUGAUGCUGCAUAUAUUAAGGUUAAUCAAGUCUAAAUUAAACAAAAUUGCUGA